AUGCAGUCCCGGUAUACGCAGCAGCAGGAAGGGGUGCAUGCGUUAAUGGUUGUCGCCGCAGCUGGUGUGGCAGCAGCGGCGGCCGUGGCCUGGCAGCGGUUCAGCAGCAAGCGCAACAGCGCAGCAGCACAAGAGUAUACCGGAAUGGUGGGCCUGGUGCGCCCCGCACAGAGCGCGGCCACGUCGGAGCUGGAUCCAGAGUACCGAAUGGCGCUGGCACGCACACGGCAAGCCACCGCCAUCCACCGAGCCAUCGGCUUCUUAAACACAGGCUCGCGUGCACGGGCGCAUGUGGAAGUGCGGCGUGCGCUGCACCAAAACAGCUUGUGCCGGGCGCCGCUGCUCAGCACGCAGCAUUCCAAGGCAGACUUGUGCGAGUUGUACCGGCUGCACCUGCAGCAAGCCGAGGUGCCAGCCGACUUUGGCACUCUGCUGCAGCUCAGAGCGCUGCUGGACAUGGACUUUGAGGAGGCAGAGACGAUCGAACGAGAGGUUGCCGAGCAAAACGCCUUCUCCAUCUGA